AUGGAUUCAGCCUCUUUCGGAGUUCCCAUCAACAAGGGCAAGGGCAAGGCAGUUGACGGCGGGCUGACAGUAAAUGGAGAGAGUCUCCCUUGGGUGGAAAAGUACAGACCUGUAACGCUUGAUGAUGUCAAAUCACACAAAGAUAUCACUACAACUAUCGAGAGAUUCAUAGAGAAGAAUCGACUGCCACAUCUCCUAUUUUAUGGUCCGCCUGGAACGGGAAAAACGUCAACUAUCCUCGCUGUCGCUAGACGUAUAUAUGGCUCCGAAUACCGAAAGCAGAUAUUAGAGCUGAACGCCUCGGAUGACCGUGGCAUCGACGUAGUCCGAGAGCAGAUCAAGCAAUUCGCCGAAACGCGAACCCUGUUCGCUAAAUCCUACAAGCUCAUUAUUCUUGACGAAGCCGACAUGAUGACGCAACAAGCUCAAGCAGCCCUUCGCCGAGUCAUCGAGCAAUACACGAAGAACGUGCGCUUCUGCAUCAUUUGCAACUACGUCAACAAGAUUGCUCCUGCCAUACAAAGUCGUUGCACUAGGUUUAGGUUCUCUCCAUUGCCCAUGGCAGAAGUUGAGAAGCAGAUCGAUCAUGUAGUUGAAGCUGAAGACUGCAAGGUCACGAAAGACGGCAAGGAAGCUUUGCUCAAACUCUCGAAGGGAGAUAUGCGAAGGGCCCUCAACGUCUUGCAAGCAUGUCACGCCGCAUACGAUUCGAUAGGGGAGACGGAAGUUUACAAUUGUACUGGCAAUCCACAUCCAAGAGAUAUUGAGAGCAUCGUCAACUCUAUGCUUUCUGACGAGUUCACGACUUCAUAUCAAAUGAUCAAUCAAAUGAAAACGGAGCGAGGUUUGGCCUUGCAGGACCUAUUAUCUGGAGCUUUUGAAUAUGUUGAUACUCUCGAACUCAAACCUCAAGCAAGAGUAUAUUUGUUAGACUACUUGGCCACGAUUGAGUACCGUUUAUCAACGGGUGCAAGCGAAAAGAUACAACUUUCGGCCUUGCUCGGGGCUUUCAAGAACGCGGUGGAGCUCACUUCAUAG